AUGAGUGCGACGGAAACAACAACUGCGGUGGAAUACCUUCAGCCAAGAUACUCUCCUCGAAUAACCGGCCGCGAUGACGCAGCUGAACGAGGACAGCCCGACAUUGAGCUCUCGCAGCUCAGCUCCCAGCCUCACAACGACCAUGAAACGACACCCAACAGAGCCGAACCCAUCACACAAGAACUGAAACCCGUCGACCGCGGCCGCGAUGCCUGGUGCACUCUUCUCGGCGCAUUUGCCUUUGACGCCCUAUUCUGGGGCUUCCCGGGCUGCUACGGUGUUUUCCAGCGAUACUACUCCUCCGUCCCCGCCUUCCAGCCCGACUCCCCGCGCAUCCCCGUCGUCGGCGUCCUCUCCACGGGCUUCUACUACUUCGGCUCCCCCUUCUCCGCCAUGCUGGCGACCAAGUUCCCCCGGUACCAGCGGCAGCAGAUAUACCUCGGCUGGGUCCUGAGCAUCACCGGCCUCUUGUCCGCGUCGUUCACGUCGUCCGUGAAUGGCCUCAUCGCUACGCAGGGGGCGCUGUAUGGGCUUGGCUUUGUGCUCAUUUCGAUGCCCAUUGUGAGCAUGGUGAAUGAGUGGUGGGUGGCGCGCAAGGGCAUGGCGUUUGGACUCAUCUCUGCGUCUUCGGGCGCGACUGGUGCUGUGCUUCCGUUCAUCAUCGAUGCUCUUCUGCGUCGGUACGGAUAUAAAAUCACCUUGCGAGCUUGUGCCGUUGCCAUGGCGGUUUUGACUGCUCCCUUGCUGCCGCUAUUCAAGGCCCGAUUGCCAGCCUCAGACCAGGCCAAUUUGGCGAGGAUCAACUGGGAUUUCCUCAAGAAGCCUCUCUUCUGGAUCUACGGCUCGGCGGUCCUCGUCCAGGGCAUCGGCUUCUUCUUCCCCGUCGUCUUCUUGCCCUCGUACGCCUCCCUCUUCGACAUUUCCUCCACCAAAGGCGCUCUUCUGGUGUCCCUCAUGUCCAUCGCCCAGGUUCUAGGCCAAUUCGCCUUUGGCUACCUCUCAGACAAGAGCCUCCCUGUCAGCUUGCUCAUCACAACAUGCUGCGCCUUUGCAGCGACCGCCUCAUUCACCUUCUGGGGCCUGGCCAAGUCACUCCCGCUGCUUGCCAUCUUCAGCUGCAUCUACGGCUUCUUCGCCUUCGGGUUCGGCACCAUGCGUGUGGCCAUGGGGCGCGCAGUCAGCGACGACCCGUCGACUGUGUUUGCGACGUAUGCCAUCUUUGUUUUUCUGAUGGGCGUGGGGAACAUCUUGGUUGGGCCGCUGAGCGCGGAGCUGAUGGCGCCGAGGGAGGCCGUUCGGGAGCAGUAUGCGGGCAAUAAGUAUGAGCCCAUGGUUAUUCUGACGGGGGUGACGUCUUUCUUUGCGGCUUUGAUUGUGCUGGCGUGGCAUGGCGGCAAGGUUCUGUUGAAAUAG